GGGGCCACUCAACUACGGCAGCUAAUUAAGGUUCCACUUCCUUCUCCAAACCACUCUUCAAAAGCCCGUAUCUUUCCCCCCUAUAUAUAGAGCCCCUCCUUCCACCCUCCUCUCCAAGGCACCACUCAUCUUCUCUUGCUAAAAGCCAUAGUCUUCCUCACUUCAGUCCCACAAUUUUGAGACAUGAGAAAACUAUCCCUUGUUCCACAAGCCUCCCUCCUCACCACCCUCAUCGUCGCCGCCUCGGCGAACUUCCUCGCCGACGUCGACCUCACAUGGGGUAGUGGAAGAGGAAAAAUAUUAGAAAACGGCAAUCUUCUUCAACUCUCCCUUGACAAGGCUUCUGGCUCUGGAUUCCAAUCCAAACAGGAGUAUUUGUUUGGAAGGAUUGACAUGAGGAUGAAGCUUGUCCCUGGAAACUCCGCCGGCACUGUCACCACCUUAUAUUUAUCUUCGCAAGGACCGACUCAUGAUGAGAUUGACUACGAGUUUCUGGGGAAUAUCAGUGGGCAGCCAUACACGCUUCACACCAAUAUAUACACACAGGGAAAGGGUAACAAGGAGCAGCAGUUCCGUCUGUGGUUUGAUCCCAGGCUGGAUUUCCACACCUACUCCAUCCUCUGGAAUCCGCAGCAGAUACUGUUCUACGUAGAUGGAACACCAGUCAGAGUGUUUAGGAACAUGGAGGGGAUGGGUCUACCCUACCCCAAGAACCAGGCGAUGCGGCUCUACUCCAGCCUCUGGAACGCCGACGACUGGGCCACCAUGGGUGGGCGCGUCAAGACGGACUGGAGCCAGGCCCCCUUCGUGGCCUCCUACCGUGGCUUCAGCGCCAACGCCUGCGUGUGGGCCGGGGGGAGGUCCUCCUGCCCGGCCGCCAAGGGAACCUGGUGGGCCCAGUCUCUGGACUCUCCUGGGGCCCAGAAGCUCAAGUGGGUCCGCCAGAACUACAUGAUCUACGACUACUGCACGGACUCCAAACGCUUCCCCCAAGGCUUCCCCCCUGAGUGCUCUCUGUCUACUUGAUUAGCAAAUAAUUAACUGAGGUUAAUAAUGACUGUAUUAUAUCAAGUUGUGAGAGGCAUCCUGUUGGGACGUUGUGUUGAAAGAUGUAACAUGAUAAAAAAUAAUGGCUAGUUCAUAAUAUGUGCACGUUUUUAAUUAUUUAAUUGUUA